GAAAUGGUUGAGUCUAUGAAGAAAGUGGCCGGGAUGGAUGUGGAAUUGACAGUAGAAGAAAGGAAUUUGCUCUCUGUUGCAUAUAAAAAUGUGAUUGGAGCUCGAAGAGCGUCCUGGAGAAUAAUCAGCAGCAUUGAACAGAAAGAGGAGAACAAAGGAGGAGAAGAUAAACUCAAAAUGAUCAAGGAAUAUCGGACAAUGGUUGAGACAGAACUGAAAUCGAUCUGUAAUGACAUUCUGGAUGUUCUGGACAAACAUCUCAUUCCAGCUGCAAACAGUGGAGAGUCUAAGGUUUUUUACUAUAAAAUGAAAGGGGACUACCACCGAUAUCUGGCGGAGUUUGCCAUUGGCAAUGACCGGAAGGAGGCUGCAGAGAAUAGCUUGGUAGCUUAUAAGGCUGCAAGUGAUAUUGCAAUGACAGAACUUCCUCCAACACAUCCCAUUCGUUUAGGCCUCGCACUCAAUUUCUCCGUGUUUUACUAUGAAAUUCUUAAUUCCCCUGACCGUGCAUGCAGGUUGGCAAAAGCAGCAUUCGAUGAUGCAAUUGCAGAACUGGACACACUGAGCGAAGAAAGUUACAAGGACUCUACGCUCAUCAUGCAAUUGUUACGUGAUAAUCUGACACUAUGGACUUCAGAUAUGCAAGGAGAUGGUGAAGAUCAGAAUAAAGAAACACUGCAGGAUGUGGAGGAUGAAAAUCAGUGA